AUGGUGUCUGCUGAUCAAGCGAAGCAGAAGAGCGAGAAGGAACUAAAGAAGGAGGCUGAGAAGGCAGCCAAGUUGGCGAAGUUCGCGGAGAAACAACGGAAGCUCGACCAGAAAGCCACAACUGCUGUCGCCAGACCUAAAGAAGUGUGUUUUGGGGUAAGAUUGAAUCUUGGUCAUUCAGAUACUAGUCGUGGGCUUCCUAGUGCCUACGAUACCAGAUACGUCGAAGCGAAGUGGUACGCUUGGUGGGAAGGAGAAGGGUUCUUCAAGCCAGAAUAUGGACGAAAAACACCGAUCAUUUCAAAUCCGGGAAGAACUUUCACUAUGUGUAUUCCACCUCCAAAUGUGACCGGUACCCUGCAUGUUGGUCAUGCCCUUGCAACUACUAUUGAAGACACUCUUACAAGAUGGAAUCGUAUGAAAGGCAAAACCACUUUGUUUAAUCCUGGAUGUGAUCAUGCCGGCAUUGCUACACAGGUUGUUGUGGAGAAGAAGCUGCAACGUGAGAGAGGUUUGUCUCGUCAUGAUCUUGGACGUGAUCGUUUCAUUGAGGAAGUAUGGAAAUGGAAGAACGAAAAAGGUGGCGUAAUUUAUGAUCAGUUGCGCAAGAUGGGUGCAUCUGUUGACUGGGAUCGGACUUGCUUUAUGAUGGAUCCGAAAAUGACCCGAGCUGUUACUGAGGCGUUCGUUCGGAUGCAUGAGCGUGGAACCAUUUACCGAUCUAAUCGACUAGUUAACUGGUCGUGUGCUCUCCGUAGCGCCAUCUCCGAUAUUGAGGUAGAUAAAAAGGAGCUAUCUGGUCGUACGUUGCUCGCCGUACCCGGUUAUAAUGAGAAAGUCGAGUUUGGCGUGUUAACUUCAUUUGCCUACAGAGUUAAAGGCGGAGAUGAAGAAAUUGUUGUAUCGACAACCCGAAUAGAGACAAUGCUUGGCGAUACUGCCGUAGCAGUACAUCCAGAUGAUCCACGAUACCAGCAUCUCAUAGGCAAAGUUAGAGUUUUGUUCAUUGCAUUUCUUUCUUGUGUUCAUCCGUUUGUCGAUCGCGACCUUCCCAUCGUUGCAGAUUCCUUUGUGGAUCGUGAAUUUGGAACAGGAGCAGUAGGACAGAGGCACAGUCUCCCAUUUAUCACAUGUAUUGAUGGUGAUGGCCUUAUUUCAAAAGGUUGUGGAAAAUUCUCUGGUAUGCGUCGUUUCGAAGCUCGAAAUGCUAUUGUCGACGAUUUGAAGGAACUAAGACUUUAUCGUGGGUCGAAGGACAAUGCUAUGGUUGUUCCUGUUUGUAGCCGCUCCAAAGAUAUCGUUGAGCCUUUGCUGAAGGCUCAAUGGUACGUUAAAUGUGACGAGAUGGCGAAAAAAGCAAUGGUAGCGGUGGAGAGUGGUGAAUUGAAGUUGAUUCCGGACUAUCAUGUGGCCACUUGGAACCGCUGGCUUCAAAGUACCAAAGAUUGGUGCAUUUCUCGUCAGCUAUGGUGGGGUCAUCGUAUUCCGGCAUACUUUAUCACUGUUACUGAUGGAAAGACCCCUGUUGGUGAUCCUUGCGACAGCCAGUACUGGGUAUCAGCACAUUCUGAGGAAGAUGCUUUACAAAAAGCGGCGAAGAAGUUUAACGUUGAAACUAAAUUCAUACAACUUAGAUGGGAUGAAGACGUCCUUGAUACGUGGUUUUCAUCGGGCAUGUGGCCAUUUGCUAUCAUGGGUUGGCCCGACAGUACGACAGACAUGCAGUUGUAUUUCCCGUCCAAUGUUCUUGAAACUGGUCAUGAUAUUCUGUUUUUCUGGGUUGCUCGAAUGGUGUUUAUGUCCCAGGAGCUUACAGGAAAACUGCCUUUCAAAGAAGUAUUUUUCCAGCAAUACAUAGGCGUUACACUGGCUGAGUUACAUCAACAACUGCGUGCCGGAAAUUUGGACGAGAAGGAACUUGCCAUUGCUCAAGCUGGUCAAGCUAGAGAUUUUCCUAAGGGUAUUCCUGAAUGUGGUACUGAUGCCCUGCGGUUUGCCCUUCUCGCUUAUACUACACAAGGUAGAGAUAUUAACUUGGAUGUGCUUCGUGUGCAAGGAUAUCGAUUCUUCUGCAAUAAGCUUACUGGUAAGGAAUCGGUCAUAGAUUUGUGGAUUUUGUCACGUAUCGCUCAUGCCGUUGACCAAUGCAACUCGUCUUUUGAGGCGUAUGGUUUCGCUCAGGUCACCACCACAGUGUAUGAUUUCUGGUUGUACGAUCUUUGCGAUAUCUAUUUGGAAGCCAUAAAACCAGUGAUAGCGUCCGGAAGUGAGGAGGCCCGUAGAAUUGCAAAGGAUAUUUUAUACCAUUGCGUGGAAGCAGGUUUGCGUUUGAUCAGUCCGAUCAUGCCUUUUUUGUCUGAGGAGCUAUGGCAGCAUCUUCCUCGUCUCGAUUCUCAUCCUCCAUCUAUCGUUGUUCAUGAUUAUCCGGAAAUUUCAGAUUUUCCAUUCACGAAUAGAAGAAUUGAAGCCGAUGUUUCAUAUGCGAUGAGUGUGAUUCGUACCGUUCGAUCUCUUCGUUCCGACUAUGAACUGACAUAUAAAACGAAAGCGGAUCGUAUGCUUUAUUCUUUUUUUCCUUGUUCUGCCUGUAAGUACCUUCUUAAUGGUUUUGUCGAGAUUCUGCUUUCUAAUUCUGGCAAUAAUGUCCCUGCCGGAUGUGCGCAUGUGAUUAUUUCAUCCAGAUGUACUGUUUAUAUCGCUCUACAGGGCAUUAUCAUUGUCGAACGUGAACUAACUAAACUUACUGAGAAGAAAAGAAAACUCGAAAAGAAUGUAACAAGACUGGCAGAGCAAGAAGAACGCCCCGACUACGAAAUAAAGGUACCACUACCCGUACGCGCUACCAACGCAGAGAAGGUAUCAUGUUUUUAG